UUCAACAACAACUGGCGAACGUGAAGUAAGUUCGGAGAGUGAAGUCGCACCAGUAAUUGUGGCCCACGCUCACGGCAGCAGUGCGAUACCAUGCGAGACGCCUCCUUCGCGCUCACUUCUUAAAGUGCUGCCGGUAACUGUAACUGGACCAAAGGGUGAGAUGGAUAUUUACGCUUUAUUGGACGACGGGUCUACGGUUACUCUGAUUGACCAAAUAGUAGCUGACACAAUCGGUGCACAAGGGCCGAAAGGCACUAUUCAAGUUAAUUGUGUGGGCGGCUUGGCGAAAGAUUCUGUAGUAACCUACAUUGAUAUUAACAUCAAAGGCAAGCACUCUGUCGAAACCUUUAAUUUAAAACGAGUUCGCUCAAUACCUAAUUUGGGUGUAGCAUGCCAAACAAUUCGUACUGUAGAUGUUGCAAAGUUCUCUCAUCUUCAGGAUUUGGUAAAAGAACUGUCUUACGAGGAAGCCAAGCCUCUCUUAAUAAUUGGUAUUGACAAUUGGCAUUUGUCAUUACCGCAUGGCAUCCGACGCGGUUCUCGUAACCAACCUGUGGCUGUCCAAACCGUUCUAGGAUGGACAAUGUUCGGUAGGCUUCCGGGUAAAUCCGCGGAGUUUAUCCAUCAUAGCUCGGUUUCCGAUUUAGAAUCUUUAAUAAAAGAACAUUAUCAUCUCGAUUCGAUUGGCAUUACAAAAAAGGACUUCCACAGCAUAAACGAUGAGCGAGCUUUGGCUAUUUUAAAUGAAACCACCCAACGUCUUCCGUCAGGUAGGUUUGAGACUGGUUUGCUCUGGCGACCUGAUAUCAUCUCAAUUCCAAACAGUUAUAAAUUAGCUUUAUCCAGAUUUCAUAGUUUAGAAAGAAAGUUUAAAAAGGAUCAAAAUUAUGCCGAAGCUUAUAAACAGUAUAUAAAUGGGAUGAUAGAGAAAGAUUACGCAGAGCUUUGUACUAAUGUACCUCCUUUAGGUAAUUUAUGGUAUUUGCCUCAUUUUGGAGUAUAUCACCCCCAAAAGAAAAAGCUGAGGCUCGUUCAUGAUGCCGCAGCUAAAUGUUCAGGAGUUAGCCUAAAUUCUCUGCUACUCCCUGGUCCUGACCUCUUACAACCCUUAUUAGGAAUUCUCAUGCGUUUUAGGGAAGGUGAGGUAGCCCUCAACGGAGACAUUCGUGAAAUGUUCCCGCAAACAAAAAUUAGGGCACAAGAUAGAGAUGCACAACGUUUUCUCUGGCGAGACGAUCCUUCUCUACCUAUAGCAGAAUAUAGAAUGUCUUCCAUGAUCUUCGGCGCCACCUCCAGUCCGUGCACCGCCAUUUUUCUAAAAAAUAAAAAUGCUUUAGAGCACCAGACUAAGUUUCCCGAAGCAGCAGAGGCUAUUGUUAGAGACCAUUACAUGGACGACUACCUUGGAAGUGUAGACAGCCCAGAACUCGCCGCUCGAUUAGUUGCAGAUAUCGUUACCGUGCAUAAAGAAGCCUGUUUAGAGAUGUGCUCAUGGGUAUCCAACAACCCCAAAGCGCUUACAACAAUAAGUCCUGACUUGUGGGCUGCCGACACAUCCGAGGUAGGUCUCGGACCGACAUCUCCUUCGCAAGUUAGAAUUUUAGGGGUGGCCUGGAACAUCAAGGAAGAUACUCUUAAUUUUAGAAAGUCCACAGAACUGCCUACCAAUGUGACAAAAAGAGUAGUCUUGUCCCAUCUCAUGAAGGUUUACGAUCCUCUUGGAUUUUUGAUGCCACUAACCAUCGCCGGUCGCAUCUUAUUUCAGGAAACAUGGAGAAUGGGUAUUGACUGGGACGAGGAGUUGCCCGCCUCUGCUAAGGCAAAGUGGCAGACUUGGUUCGCCGGUAUAGCAGAAGUCUCGGCCAAAAUUAAAAUACCACGCUGUUACCGAACCAGAUUUGCUGCGGAAUGCCAGCUCCACGUCCUAGCCGACUCAAGUGAAUCCGCUUACGCUUGUGUGGCGUUUUGGCGUUUUGUCCACCAGGACCAAUCUGUUCAUUUGGCUCUUAUAGGUGGCAAAGCGCGCCUAGCCCCUUUAAAGCCUGUGUCUAUCCCACGGCUCGAGUUACAGGCGGCUCUCAUGGCUUCUCGAUUCGCAACUUACAUCCUGGAGGCACACCGUCUUGUUGCUUCUAGAGUUUUCUUUUGGACGGAUUCCCUAACGGUUUUAAAGUGGUUGCGUAGCGAUGCCCGCACGUUUAAGCCGUUUGUUGCUCACCGUGUAGGAGAAAUAUUAGAGACUACAAACGUUGCCAAUUGGCGUUAUGUUCCAUCGGCCUUAAAUGUAGCAGAUGAUGCUACACGCGGUCUAUACUCUCUUUCCUCUUCCUCUCGAUGGUAUACUGGUCCAGAUUUUCUUUUGUCUCCACCAGACGAAUGGCCUCGCGAGCCUGCGGUCAUUGCUCCACUAGUAAUUGAGGAACUAAAACCCGAACACGCGUUAACAUUUUUGCUAACCGAACAUCCGGAAAUGCCAUCUCCGAUCGUAGCGAAUCACGAUCAUUUCGGUCGUUGGGUUCGGUUGGUUAGAGCAACCGGUCGUGCACAUCAUUGUGCUAAAAUAUUUCGGUCGCUUUUGAAAAAACCUCCAAAUUCAAAAUUAAAGAGUGCUGCCUCCAAGGUCUCCUUCAAAGUUUUGAAACCUCUUUCGGCCGCAGAAAUCUUGGAGGCCGAGAGGCACCUAUUUUUAUAUACUCAAUUGGAAUCAUUUAAACACGAAUUCUUGAGGCUUACCGCGGGUCUUCCCCCAACUAAUCAAGGGAGGCUUAGAGGUCUUGUGUUGAUGUUGGGAGAAGACGGUUUAAUCCGUUUAAAUGGAAGAAUUCGUGCUGUAUUAGAUGCACCCGCGCAGGACAUUAACCCUAUUGUUUUAGACGGUCGACAUCCAAUUAUAAAACUCCUUCUCGAUCACUAUCAUCGGAAAUUUGGUCAUGGUAAUAUCGAGACCGUCGUUAACUUCCUGCGCGGCAAAUUUUAUAUAAUAGCUUUACGCCCAAGUGUCAGGUCUGUUGCCAAACAAUGCAGUUUCUGUAGGAUUAGGAAGCUUCUCCCAUCUACGCCUCAAUUUGGUGAUCUUCCUGAAGAUAGGUUAUCCCAUCAUCAGCGCGCGUUUUCCUUCUGCGGUCUUGAUUACUUCGGUCCAGUUGAAGUUGCCGUUGGGCGCAGACGAGAAAAACGCUGGGUAGCUCUAUUCACAUGCCUUACCAUCAGAGCCGUUCAUUUGGAGAUCGUAGGAAGCCUUUCCGCAGAUGCUGCUAUCAUGGCCCUAAGAAGAUUUAUUGCUCGUAGAGGAUGUCCAGCGAGAAUCAUCUCAGAUAACGGCACGGCUUUUGUCGGCGCAGCCAACCAACUCACAGACGUUUUCGACUUCGCGGCCAACCAUAAAAUAGAGUGGGUCUUCAUUUGUCCAGCGGCACCAUCAAUGGGAGGUGCGUGGGAACGCUUAGUGCGAUCAAUAAAGUCUGCGCUUUCCGUAACCCUGAAAGAACAAGCUCCAAGAGAGGAAGUAUUGAGUACCCUACUUCUGGAAGCGGAAGCAGUAGUCAAUUCUCGCCCGCUGACACACGUACCAGUAGAGCCGGAGACACUACAGGCCCUCACACCCUUCCAUUUUUUAUUGGGCACACCAUCAACCGAGUUGGUCUGUCCCCGCACCGAUGCAGAUCUUUGCCGUCGCUUAGACCACAGGAAGGUACUGCGGUUAGCGGAGCUGUUUUGGGCCAGAUGGCUUCAUGAAUACCUACCCACGUUGAUUCCACGAAAGGCCGGAUCGACGCAAGCCAAAUUCAAAGUGGGAGAUCCAGUUCUGGUGGCGGAUCCAAAUCUUCCGCGAGGAACCUGGCCCAAAGGCCGUAUUUCUAAGAUAUUCACCGGUCCUGACGGAGUGGUCAGGGUGGUGGAGAUCCGGGGAAGCAUGGGGAUCUUGAAAAGACCAGUGCGCAAAGUGUUGCCCUUACUCCUAGAGCAGGGCACCCAAGAAAACUGCGCACAGUCGCCACUAUAG